UGCCCGGUGCCCGCCAUGUACGCGGCGGGCCCGGUGGCGGCGGGCGGGCGGCGGCGGCGGGGCGCGGUGCCCAAGCAGCCGGAGCGCAGCCUGGCCUCGGCGCUGCCCGGCGCUCUGUCCAUCACCGCGCUCUGCACCGCGCUGGCCGAGCCCGCCUGGCUGCGCAUCCACGGCGGCACCUGCGCCCGCCAGGAGCUGGGCGUGCCCGACGUGCUGGGCCCCGUGCGCCCCGAGCUGCUGCGAGAUUUCUGCAUGAACCCGCAGACGGUGCUGCUGCUCCGCGUCAUCGCCGCCUUCUGCUUCCUGGGCAUCCUGUGCAGCCUGGGCGCCUUCCUGCUCGACGUCUUUGGGCCCAAGCACCCGGCCCUGAAGAUCACCCGGCGCUACGCCUUCGCCCACAUCCUCACGGUUCUCCAAUGCGCCACCGUCAUCGGUUUCUGCUACUGGGCCUCGGAGCUGCUCCUGGCGCAGCAGCAGCAGCACAAGAAGUACCACGGCUCGCAGGUGUUCGUCACCUUCGCCGUCAGCUUCUACCUGGUGGCCGGCGCCGGCGGCGCCUCCAUCCUGGCCACGGCGGCCAACCUGCUGCGCCAUUAUCCCAGCGAGGAGGAGGAGCAGGCGCUGGAAUUGCUCUCGGAGAUGGAGGAGGCCGAGCCCUACGGCGCCGACUACGAGGUGGUCAAUCAGUUCCAGCCGCCGCCCGCCUACACGCCCUGAGCGGGAUGGCGGCGGGAAGGCGGCGGGAAGGGGUUGGGUGAGGAGGGAUCCGGAGAUGCUGCGGGGGAGGAUUUGUUGGGGUGGAUCGCGGGAGUUCUUCCAGGGAUGGAUUGGUUUGGAUGGAUCCGGGGAGUUCUUCCAGGGAUGGAUUUCUCCAGGUGGAUCUCAGGAGCUUUUCCAGCAAAGGAUUGGUCUGGGCAGAUCCCAGGAGUUCUUCCAGGGAUGGACUUUUCCAGGUGGAUCCCAGGAGCUCUUCCAGGGAUGGACUUUUCCAGGUGGAUCCCAGGAGCUCUUCCAGGGAUGGACUUUUCCAGAUGGAUCCCAGGAGCUCUUCCAGGGAUGGACUUUUCCAGGUGGAUCCCAGGAGCUCUCCCAGGGAAGGACUUUUCCAGAUGGAUCCUGAGAGCUCUUCCAGGGAUGGAUUUCUCCAGGUGGAUCCCAGGAAUUUUCCCAGUAAAGCAUUGGUCUGGGCAGAUCCCAGGAGCUCUUCCAGGGAUGGACUUUUCCAGGUGGAUCCUGAGAGCUCCUCCAGGGAUGGACUUUUCCAGAUCGAUCCCAGGAGCUCUUCCAGGAAUGGACUUUUCCAGGUGGAUCCCAGGAGCUCCUCCAGGGAUGGACUUUUCCAGGUGGAUCCUGGGAGUUCUUCCAGGAAUGGACUUUUCCAGAUGGAUCCCAGGAGCUCCUCCAGGGAUGGACUUUUCCAGAUGGAUCCUGGGAGCUCCUCCAGGGAUGGAUUUCUCCAGGUGGAUCCCAGAAGCUUUUCCAGCACUGGAUUGGUCUGGGCAGAUCCCAGGAGCUCCUCCAGGGAUCGAUUUCUCCAGGUGGAUCUCAGGAAUUUUCCCAGUAAAGGAUUGGUCUGGGCAGAUCCCAGGAGCUCUCCCAGGGAUGGAUCUCUCCAGGUGGAUCCCAGGAGCUCCUCCAGGGAAGGACUUUUCCAGGUGGAUCCCAGGGAAGGACUCAUUGGGGCAGAUCCCAGAAAUUCCCCCUGAUCCCGGCCCGCCCUGAUCCCAAUCCCAGUGGGAAUGGGGUGGGUGAGGAGGGAUCCGGGAGUUCUCCCAGGGAAGGAUUUCUCCCGGUGGAUCCCUGGAAUUCUCUCAGGGCAGGAUCUCUCCCGGUGGAUCCCGGAAGUUCCCCCAAGGAAGGAUUUUCCUGGUGGAUCCCAGGGGUUUUCCCUGGGAAGGAUUCCGGGAUCCUUCCCGGCGUUGCUUCCGACUGGGGGGGGGGGGGGGGGGGAGGGGGGGAAAUGUUGGGAACCCCUGCUCUGGGUGGGGUUUUCUGGGAAUGAGGGGAGCGGGAUCCGUGGGAUCCCCAUGGAAUGAGGGGUUUGGGAUCCCCAUGGAAUGAGGGGAGCGGGAUCCGUGGGAUCCCCAUGGAAUGAGGGGUUUGGGAUCCCCAUGGAGUGAGGGGUUUGGGAUCCCCAUGGAGUGAGGGGUUUGGGAUCUGUGGGAUCCCCAUGGAAUGAGGGGGGUUUGGGAUCCCCAUGGAGGAGUUUGGGAUCCCCAUGGAAUGAGGGGUGUGGGAUCCCCAUGGAGGGGUUUGGGAUCCCCGAUCCCCCUGGGACGAGGGCUGGGACAUCCAAAAUAUUCCUUGAAAAAAGAUGGGAGCGGCUCCAAAAUUCCCCGUGAAACGAAGGGUUUGGGAUCCACCCUUUGCCACGGAUCGAGAGCUUUGGGAUCCCCAGUUUUCCUUGGCAUGAGAACUUUGGGAUCCCCAAUUCCCCUUGGAAUGAGAACUUUGGGAUCCCCAAUUCCCGAGAGAUCAAGAACUUCGGGAUCCCCAUGGAAUGAGAGCUUCGGGAUCCUCAAUUUUCCCUGGAAUGAGAACUUUGGGACCCCCAAUUUCCAAGAGAUCGAGAACUUUGGGAUCCCCCUGGAUCGAGAGCUUUGGGAUUCCCAAUUUUGCCUGGAAUGAGAAUUUUAGGAUCCCAAAUUCCCCCUGGAAUGAGAACUUUGGGGUCCCCAAUUUCCAAGAGAUCAAGAACUUCGGGAUCCCCAAUUUUCCCUGGAUCGAGAACUUCGGGAUCCUCAAUUCCCAAGAGAUCGAGAACUUCGGGAUCCCCACGGAAUGAGAGCUUCGGGAUCCUCAAUUUUCCCUGGAUCGAGAGCUUUGGGACCCCCAAUUUCCAAGAGAUCGAGAACUUUGGGAUCCCCCUGGAUCGAGAGCUUUGGGAUCCCCACAGAACAAGAACUUUGGGAUCCCCAAUUCCCAAGAGAUCGAGAACUUCGGGUUCCCAAAUCUUCCUUGGAUCGAGAACUUUGGGAUCCCCAAUUCCGCCUGGAUCGAGAGCUUUGGGAUCCCCAGUUUUCCUUGGAAUGAGAGCUUUGGGAUCCCCAAUUUUCCCUGGAUCGAGAGCUUUGGGACCCCCAAUUUCCAAGAGAUCAAGAACUUCGGGAUCCCCAAUUUUCCCUGGAUCGAGAGCUUUGGGAUCCCCAUUUCCCAAGAGAUCAAGAACUUCGGGAUCCCCCUGGAUUGAGAACUUUGGGAUCCCCAAUUCCCAAGAGAUUGAGAACUUUGGGAUCCCCACGGAAUGAGAGCUUCGGGAUCCCCAAUUCCCCCUGGAAUGAGAACUUCGGGAUCCUCAAUUCCCAUGAGAUUGAGAACUUUGGGAUCCCCCUGGAUCGAGAACUUUGGGAUUCCCAAUUUUGCCUGGAAUGAGAAUUUUAGGAUCCCCAAUUCCCAAGAGAUCGAGAACUUCGGGAUCCCCCUGGAUCGAGAACUUCGGGAUCCCCAAUCCCACCCCAGACCCCUCUCCCGGCUCGGAUCCCCCUUUUUCCCUCGGGAAUAUUUAAUUCCCCCUCCCCCUCUUAUUUAAAAAUCCGGGAAUUCCCAUCCCUGCUCCCCCUUUUCCCUCCCCGUGGACGUUCUGCACUUUAUUCCAAGCUCUGGGAAUUCCCCCAUCGCCUUCCAGGGGCUUUUUUUUCUUUUGGGAUCAUCCCAUCCCCCGGCAAAAAUUGGGGAAUUUUUUGGCUCCCGGAAAAGCUGGAAAAAUCCCGGAAUCUUUUAUGCAAAUCCCUCCACGCCCAUCCCGCUUUUCCCGCUUUUUCCCCCUCCCCAAAUUCCCACUUUUCCCCUCCCCCCCUUCCCCGCUCGGAUUUUUCCAACCCUGCGGGACCAAUCCCAGAAAUUUUUGGGGCCAAAAAACCCAAAAAAAAGAAUUUAAAAAAAAAAAAAAAAUUCCCA